UUUAUGUUGAAUUGUAAAAUGUCGUACACUAGAAAGUUUAUACGAUCCUAAACGAUUUAAUGAUUCGAAUCAUUGCUAUUUACAAACAGAACACCUAUUAGGAAUUGUGUAUUUAUUACAAGAAUAAUAAAUAGAAUCUACAAUUACCUUUGGAAAAAUAGUGGUUUGUUGACCCUCGUGUUAACGCAAAUAAUCAUAGAAAGGCGCUGAUUUUUACUUUAAUAUUGUGCAUCUGAAAUUUAAAGUGUAGUAUCACGCAAUCAUUGACAACUCAUUUCGUAAUUUUGCAAGUGUCAACAUGUCAGUUUCCUUCGGUUUCUUCUAACUCCACAUUUAAAAUGAACUAGUGUACAAGUUGAAGAAAAAUAACAAUUGGAUUUAUCUUACUGAUAAAAAUUUUUAAUGUGAAAUGAAAUAUCCUGAUUAAAAAAAGAUCAGUUACUUUGUAUUGAAAAAAUAUUUCAAUAUAUUUUUAAUUUCUUGAAAAUUUUAAGUAUAAUACGUUUAAAAAGCAAUACAAUGUUAUAUAACUGAUAUAUAUCAAGUGUUGAUACAAUCAACAAUUUUUGUGUGCAUCAGUUAUGCAUAGAUCUAAGUUAAUAAUCUAUAGAAGAAGAUUUGGAUUUAAAUAUUGGAAAAUGAUUGAUAUAUAUAUGUGUACAUAAAAUAAUUUCUAAACUAAAUAUAUCUAAAUCAAUAGAUACAAAAUCAAUUUAUUACUAAUUCAUAGCAAAUCGAUCAUUCCUAAAAUAUGUCAGGUACUGCUUCAAUUAUAACGUCUACUCUUGCACAACCUUCGGAGAAGGAACAUGCAUCUACAACUAUGAUAGAUUAUUCAAGUAUCAGAGGAAAGAAUGUAUUAGUUAGUCCAUCAGAGGAUCAAUAUGAGCUACUGCUUAAAAGACUAAAAGAAAGAAUUCAUGAUGGUGGAAGUGAAACAAUAUUUGACAUUGGUAUUGCAGAAGAUGGUUCAGAGGAUGGAUUAAAAGAAGAUGAAUAUGAAGCAUCAGUAGCUACUUUGCAAUCACUUGCUGCUACAUUAGAAGCUGAUUGUGUACUUUUACGUCAAAGUAAAGUAGAUCAUGGUUUAACAGGACAAUAUCUAGUACGAAGACGACUGGAUCAGCAAGACUUUUUAGAAAUUAGAGUUGCUGUUGUUGGCAAUGUGGAUGCAGGAAAAUCUACACUUUUAGGAGUAUUAACACAUGGGGAAUUAGACAAUGGAAGAGGUUUAGCGCGGCAGAAAUUAUUUCGUCAUAAACAUGAAGCUGAGACAGGACGGACCAGCUCUGUUGGAAAUGAUAUACUCGGAUUUGAUAGUGUUGGAAAUGUUGUUAAUAAGCCAGAACAUGGUUCUUUAGAUUGGGUAAAAAUUUGUGAGAAAUCAUCAAAAGUUAUAACGUUUAUUGAUCUUGCUGGACAUGAACGGUAUCUCAAAACAACUGUGUUUGGAAUGACUGGACAUGCUCCAGAUUUUGGUAUGUUGAUGGUUGGAGCAAAUGCUGGUAUUGUUGGAAUGACUAAAGAACAUUUAGGAUUGGCUUUGGCUCUUUCAGUACCUGUAUUUGUAGUAGUUACAAAAAUUGAUAUGUGUCCACCAAAUGUAUUACAAGAAAAUUUAAAAUUGCUUAUAAAAAUACUGAAAUCACCUGGCUGUAGAAAAGUUCCAGUCAUAGUAAAAACUCCAGAUGAUGUUGUUGUUAGUGCAACUAAUUUUGUAUCAGAACGAUUAUGUCCUAUUUUCCAAGUAUCUAAUGUGAGUGGAGAAAAUUUAGAUCUUCUUAAAAUGUUUCUAAAUCUUUUGACUGCUAGAAUAACUAGUCAUGAUGAUGAACCAGCAGAAUUUCAAAUUGAUGAUACUUAUUCUGUACCAGGUGUUGGUACUGUAGUAUCAGGUACAACUUUGAAAGGUGUAAUAAAAUUAAAUGAUACUUUAUUAUUGGGGCCUGAUCCUUUAGGACAUUUCAUACCUAUUACUGUAAAAAGUAUCCACAGAAAAAGAAUGCCAGUUCGUGAAGUAAGAGGAGGUCAAACAGCAAGUUUUGCUUUGAAAAAGAUAAAAAGAUCACAAAUUAGAAAAGGCAUGGUGAUGGUUGCACCAGCUUUAAAUCCACAAGCUUGUUGGGAAUUUGAAGGUGAAAUCUUGGUAUUACAUCAUCCUACAACAAUCAGUUCUCGAUAUCAAGCAAUGGUUCACUGUGGCAGUAUAAGACAAACUGCUUCUAUUAUCUCAAUGUCUCAAGAUUGUUUAAGAACAGGAGAUAAAGCAUUAGUACACUUCAGAUUUAUAAAACAUCCUGAAUAUAUAAAACGUGGUCAACGAAUAGUGUUCAGAGAAGGUCGUACUAAGGCAGUAGGAAAUGUAUCAAACCUUAUUCCUCAUUCUAACACUAUGAAUACACAAAUAUUCAGAAUGAACAAACCAAAUAAGUCACAAGGCAGAUUGAAUAAUUCUUCUCUUAAUCAACCACAAGAAUUAAAUGAAACGAGUUCAGCAUUUGAAUAUCAGAAUGCAAAACAAGAAAAUAUGCCACAAAAAUCUGGCACAACACAAAAUAAAAAAGGUAGAGGUCGAAGAGGUAGAUCUCAUAAUCUUAUCAAUGCUAGUAUACAACCUCUGUCAGAGCAAAACCCUCCCACAAAAAUAUAAGAUAUAUUUAUAUACAAAGUAUAUAUAUUGAUUUAGAGGAAAUCUUUAAUGUUUUAGAAUAGAUUGAUUUUUUAGAUAAACAUUUCUCAAUAAUGUUUAUAUAGUUUGAAGCAAGAUUAUUGUUUUUGAAGUCUUUCUUUCUUAUAAAAAAAAAAAAAAAAUGAAAUAAAAAUAAAACUAAAAAAAAAAAGAAAAAAAAGAAAAGAAAAUAAAAAAGAAAAUUACUACUUUAAUACUAGUAAAAAAAUAAAUAAAUAAAUAAAAUAAAAAAAAUAAUAAAAUAUAAAUUUAAAAUUGAAAGUUAAUUUUCGUAGCAAAAAGUACGAACUAAAUAAUAGAUUUAUUAAAUCUUUACUUUUUAAAUAUAUAAACCUUACCUUUGUUGUAACUAUUUACCAAAUUUAAAUUGCCACAAGCAUGUCUGCAGUAUUGCACAAAAUCUAAUGAAAUAUUUAUAUCUAGUGAAUAUUAUUUUCAGUAAAAACAAAAUGCUUUUUACAGAUUAAAUAUUAUUUUGAUUAUAUAUAUAAUUUUUAUUCAAAUUAUUAUUUAUAUGAAACGUAUAAUUAUAAUCUUCAAAAAGAAGAUUGAAAAGACAAUCAAUGUGAAAGAAUGGAAUUUAAUAAUAUUAAAAUUCAAGUUCGAAGUAUACAAAUAAAUCAAUAUAUUACUUGUAUUUUGCCAUUAAAAUAAAAAUAAAUAUUGACUUAGAAUUACAUAUUCUUUGUUUACACUUUUGCACAUAAAGUGGUGAUUGCUAAGUAAUACUGUUGAGAACUUCAAUACAUAAUAUUUACAAACUGAAUUAUAUUUUCUUCAAAUUUAAUAGAUUAUUAUAUACAUAAAUUAUGAUUUUAUUUUGAAAUGCGAUAUUAAAAACAAUUAAAAUCGAAAAUAAUGAAAGACAUGCUUGUAUAUAGAAGCACAUUAAAUGUUACAAUAUAUUUUAAUAUAUUUUUAUUUAUGAUAUAUAUUUUGGCAUAGCAACUAAUGAUGUAAAGAUGGACCAAAUAAUUUAUCGGAAAAGUGAAUAUUCUUUUUUGUUAAAAAAUUUUUAUCAAAUUAACAUGAUCUCUUGAUGAAAACAGAAGCUAUUAAAACAAAGAUUAUUAUAAUAGAAUUAUUGAAAAAGUAAUAAGCUGUACUUACAUAAAUCUUAUAACUUAAUAAAUACAAAUAAAUAAAAAGUUUAAUAGAAAAAUUUGAAAUAUAAAUUAAAAAUUGAAGAGAUAACUUGUAAAUUUAUGUAAUUGAAAAUAACAUAUAAAUACGUAAAAUAUUCUUUAUAAUUUA